AUGGCGCUGUCCAGGGUCUGCUGGAGACACAUCUCUCUAGGCGGUCCCCCGGGACCCCUCUUCUCUCUGCGGCUACAACCUGGGCGCCGGAGCCCGGCCUGGGGGCCUCCUAGGUUGUGUGAUCUCUUCCCCUGCAGACAUUCCAGGCUUCACCUCUCCUCCAAAGUAGCCGUGAAGAGCGUUUUCUCUUUCGUGGUGACCAAGGCAAAGUUGGUUAAUGAGAAAUAUAAUCGCUUCUUGGAGCGUCGCUUCCCCCGAUUCUAUCUCGUGUAUUCACUCUUCCUGCAAGGAUUUCAGAUGCUUUGGGCUGAUGCAAAAAAAGCUAGAAGAAUAAAGGCAUUUAUGGCCCAGCAAAAAUUAAUGUUUCAUCAGCUUUCAUACCGGGAUAUGGAGCAUAUGAGACAGUUUCGACGAGAUAUCACCAAGUGUCUUUUCCUGGGCAUCAUUUCCAUCCCACCCUUUGCCAACUACCUGAUCUUCCUGCUGAUGUACUUGUUUCCCCGGCAACUGCUGAUCCGGCAUUUCUGGACCUCAAAGCAGCAGAUGGAAUUCUUGGAUAUCUACCAUGCUUUCCGAAAGCGGUCUCAUCCAGAGAUCCUCAGCUGCUUAGAAAAGGCCACCCCUUUGGUGUCAGAUGAAGCUCUCCGGUGGCAUUUGACACAGCUGUGCAACAAGGUUCGGAAUGGUGCUUCUCCUGGGGUAGAUGAUCUGCAGCCUUUGAGGGAGUGUUUUUCUGACUAUCCCCUGAACAUGGUUUAUCUUUCUACUGCACACAUGAAAGCCUUGAGUCGGGCCAUGCUUCUCACACCUCACCUACCCUCUGUUUUGCUGAGAUACCGUCUGCGUAAUCACAUCACUGUGCUUCACCAACUAGACAAAGCUUUGAAAAGACUGGGGAUUGGCCAGCUGACUGCUCAGGAAAUAAAAUCGGCUUGCUAUCUCCGUGGCCUGGAUUCUACCCACCUUGCUGAGGAGAAGUGCCAAAAAUGGCUGAAAGACUGGCUACAGCUUUCCUGUAGCUUGAGAAGCAGUGAGAUGUCCCUCCUGCUGCAUGCUGUGGUCUUACUUUCUACCAGCUACCCUGGGAAAAGGCGCUGAGGGAGCCACUAAAAAGAACAAGACCGUCCUAGAUCUUUCUUGGAGAUGUGGCCUGGGACCAGGUGCCUGUCAGCCCCAGACUCCUAGACAGAGGAACAAAUGCCUUAUGGUGUGGUACCUGAAGUAGGAGGAAAAGCUACUGUUUUCCUUCCAGCUAGAACUGAAAAUGAGUCCAUUUGUGACUCUGGUGGGGUCUGUCCCUACACACAGUGUUAUCUGGAAGCAGCCCUGUGCAUGGACCCUUUUGUGAUCAUAAUCAAGUUCUGGUUCGGGAAAAACAGCCUGUUUCAUAUUCAUUAAGGCCCUGUCUGCUGCUAGGUUCCUUCUGGCUGGUUUUCCACUGAACUAAAUAAAUUCCUGUAUGGUACAGGGAACAAAGCUACUUGAACUUAAGCACUUAUGCCCCCAAACAGUCUUCUGUCCCUUUAUAAAGUUGCCAGAGAGGGAUAUUCUUCACUUGCUGGCCCAAUAUUUUCCUCUACUCCUUUCUAAGUUUAUCCCUCACAGUAGGCUACAGUAGUUAGCUCCUCUCUACCUACCUGAGAUCCUGUAAGGAAAGGGGAAAAGGGAAGUAUUUCCCUUUGGAAGAGAACCUUUCCCCAUGUACUCCCCUCACAUGUUUACAGUUUCACCUGCCUUGUCUUAAUGUCUGGGCUAUUAUAUAGUCCCUGUGGAUCUUCUUAGACUCUGGCUCCUUUAAUUGUGUAGUGGAUAACCAACUAUCUCUGCCACAGAGACUGUAGUGUUUGGGCCACAGAGGACCCUAGAAAAAUACCAGUUAGUGCCUGGCUCAGUGUGUCCAUCUGUGGGAAGGUCUGCCCUCAAGAGACUGUAAAUUGGGCUAAGUUUCUAUAUGUGUACAUGUCAGUGACUUAUAACUUAUUGUAAAUACAUGAAGCAACGUGUUCAACCACAAGAUCUAAUUAAACAAAUGGCUACAAAUUACUUCAAUGUUCUACUCAUUUUGUAAGAGACUGUCUUGCCUCAAGAAAAAGGUGAUCCCAAAUUGUGACUUAAGCUAUAAAUUAUACAAAAAGAAAGUGCUACAGACUAAAAUUGUGCCUUAUUUCUUCUUUAAAUAAUUCUUAGGGUCCUGAUUGUAUAUAGACAGAUUUCACAUAUAAAUUUGUGGACCUAAGUAUGGAAAACAAGUGGCAGCUGGACAAAGAUCCCAACAAAAGAAAUAAAGUGGCCCCAGGAAUGUAGGCCAGCUAAGGGAUAAGAGAAUACAUGUUAAAUAUGAGGAGGGCCAAGAGUAAAUGAUGCUCUAAUAGAAUAAAGA